AUGGAAGAUCUGAAAGCCGAACUGCUGAAGUUGGUUCCGCUCUUUUUCACUUUGCAUAUUGUGGGGGGACACGUCGGGCUGCCGAUGCUGGUCUGCACGUUCUUCGCGUCAAAGACAACUCGAAGCAACCCAAUUAUCAUCAACUUCUGUGUAACCUGGGUCAUCUACUCUAUCUCAUUCUGCUUACUUUUCUACGGGAACUACACCCGAGCAGACCAUGUGCCAGCCGGGUUGUGUGCAAUCCAAGCAUCUCUUGUGUACGGUUCAACGGCAAUGACUGCGGUCGCUGGUCUGAUUAUGGUCGUCCAGAUCUGGAGUACGUUCUGUGCCCCGUGGGGCUUGCCGUAUGUCUCUUCGUUGUCUAGAGCGGUCAAAUUGACGAUUGUGCUCUCGGUCCCAUACAUGACUCUCCUACUCUGCUCUGCAGCAUCCGGCUAUGUCGCAGUCACACAUCCAGACAACGUCAUAGCACUCAGCGGUAUCUAUUGCUCAAUCGAGACCGGUUUUUUUUCCACGUCAGAUCGUUCCGUUGUUCUGCGCAAUGAUUCUGCUGAUAGCCUCCGCAUUUGAAGGUAGAUCAGCAUUCCUAUACGUCUGAAGCCGAGCAAAACUCACCUUGCAGCUGCAGCUUCUGUCACUAUCCGUUGCUAUCACCUCUGGCGGCUCGUCAAGGAUGUUUGCCCAGAUGCAGAUGUCCAAAGACCGUCUCUUUCUCCCUAUCUUC